CGACUUAACGACUGAACAACAACAUCUUAAAGUGGCCAAGUUUGGACAACACUGCCUUAAAUGUUUGUUUCUUUUGAUAGGCAUUAACACGCUGGUGGAUGCAGACAUGGUUCCAGAACCAAAAAUCAUAGAUGCUGCUUUAAGGGCAUGCAGACGACUAAACGACUUUGCUACUACAAUCCGCAUCUUGGAAAUGGUAAAGUACAAAGCAGGCAGAUACAAGGAUAUAUAUCCAUAUGUUAUCCAGGAGCUUAGACCAACUUUGGAUGAACUGGGAAUUUCAACUCCAGAAGAACUUGACAUGGACACAAUAUAAACUUAAUAAUGAACUUCCCAUGAGUGUACUGUUAAGGUUCUGUGAUUGUACAACAAUUACCUGGAUAUAGACAUUAUAAUUACUUAUUUGAAAUUAUUUCUUCCUUUUAUUGAGUCCUGGAUGUUAUUGUGAAGCUGACCUAAUAAAGAGGAAAUGGUUUGAAUUGA